CUCUGCACUUUUUACAACUGUUGAGCUUUCCAGGGUAAUCGGAGCCCAGUGCGGCCAACCUCGGCAGCUGCCGAUGAGGGAACGCGGCUCUACCUUCCCCGAUCCCCCCCGCCUGCCGCCGCUGCUGCUCCCAGCCUCGGGCACCCCUGGGAUCCGGGGGCACCCGGCGAGCAGGGCUCUGUGCAGCCGCUGGGUGCUCGGGGCAAUGCAUUCCCACUGAAAAGAGUCAUCGGCGGUGCUUGCAAAGAAGUGCCGUGAGCUGGAUCCUGCGGGAAUUCUUUUUUUUUUUUUUUUUUUUCCCCUCCCUCCUCCAGUCCGCCCCCAUCCCUCUCUUCUGCCAGGCUUGCCGGGGCUGCUCUUCAUUUCUGGGAAACCAUGGACAAGAAGCAAGAUUCCAAAGGAUCCUUGGAGCCACACAAACCAGUGAAAGGCAAGAAGAAACGGGAUCUGAGGAUAACAUGUGUCCCCAUCAAACCACCCGUUGCCAACACAACGCCCCCGAGGAACUUGGACUCCAGGGCGUUCAUUACAAUUGGAGAUAAAAACUUCGAGGUGGAGGCCGAUGACCUGGUGGCCAUCUCGGAGCUGGGCCGUGGUGCCUACGGCGUGGUGGAGAAGGUGCGGCACGCGCAGAGCGGCACCAUCAUGGCCGUGAAGAGGAUUCGAGCCACUGUGAACACCCAGGAGCAGAAGAGGUUGUUGAUGGACCUGGACAUCUCCAUGAGGACAGUGGACUGCUUCUACACUGUCACCUUCUACGGAGCCCUCUUCCGUGAGGGUGACGUGUGGAUCUGCAUGGAACUCAUGGACACCUCCCUAGAUAAAUUCUACAAGAAAGUACUGGAGAAGAAGAAAACCAUCCCUGAAGACAUUUUGGGGAAGAUGGCUGUGUCUAUUGUACGAGCUCUGGAGCACCUGCACAGUAAACUGUCUGUAAUCCAUAGAGACGUGAAACCUUCCAACGUGCUGAUCAACAAGGAGGGCCACGUGAAGAUGUGUGACUUUGGGAUCAGUGGUUACUUGGUGGACUCUGUUGCCAAGACCAUGGAUGCUGGCUGCAAACCCUACAUGGCUCCAGAAAGAAUAAACCCUGAGCUGAACCAGAAGGGCUACAACGUGAAGUCGGAUGUGUGGAGCCUUGGGAUCACAAUGAUUGAGCUGGCCAUCCUCCGCUUCCCCUACGAGUCCUGGGGGACGCCCUUCCAGCAGCUCAAGCAGGUGGUGGAGGAGCCCUCGCCCCAGCUGCCCCCUGAGCGCUUCUCCAAGGAGUUUGUGGACUUCACAGCACAGUGCUUAAGGAAGAACCCAGCUGAGCGAAUGAACUAUUUAGAACUUAUGGAACACCCUUUCUUUACCUUGCACGACACCAAAGAGACUGACAUGGCCUCCUUCGUGACAGAGAUCCUCGGGGAGGACUCCUAACUCCCCCCUGCCAGCUCCCUGCAUCCCUCCAUCCAUCCCAGCUUCCCCGCAGGACAGCGAGCCAGGACUCGAGUUCAAGGUGGUUUGCACAAAUCACAAAUCGAACCUCCCCGGCCUGGGGGCACCUCCGGCCCCAUCCGGCCUCGAAAUCUCUUUUCUCACUCUGCCUUGAGGAAAAAAAUCCCCCAGGAGGAGCCUUUUGAAGCCAACACCUUCCCAGCUAAGCCAAGGACUCUGAAGGCUCAGGAGAUCCCGGGAGAGGGGCAGUGCCUGGGCAGGCAGAGGGUGCCAGAGGCUGCCUGCCCUCCCCAGUACCCAGUGCACAGCACAGGAGUUGUGUUUCUUUGCUGCCAGGGGAAGACACAGAGAAUCAGUGCUGCUGUGCUUCUCCCAUUCCUCUGCUGCCUGCCCAAAGCCCUUCCCUGUGCUCUGGUCUCACUCACCUUCCCUCUGUGCCUGGCUCUGUGCCCCCAGGAGCCCUCACAGCUUUAGGGGCUCCCUGGGCUGCUGCUCACACCAGAGGCUGUUUCAAUGCCUGGCUCCACACCUUAAGGAUCCUUUGAGGCAGCACCAGCCUCUCCCUCCAUCAACGCUGCUCCCUUGAAGGAAAGGGGGUGGAAAAGGCAUUUUUCCACAGCCCCACCAUGACACGAGCUGCAGCCCACCCAGGAUCCAUCCCUUCCUUCCCUCGUGGGCACAGGGUGAUGAGAUACAGCAGGUGCCCCGUGCUGCCCUGGCUGGGAGGACACGUCCCUGCUCCGGGCAGUGUCCCCACCCUCCCUGGCUCCCCGAGGGGACGCUGCUCCCUCUGCUCUGCAGCCUGGAGCUGAUGCCAGACCUCUCACUGUGACACCCGCUCCUUCCAGAGGCCCAGCUCGCACCCCUCGUGUCCCCAGCUGUCCCCAACCCCUGCGGGUGCCAGUGAGAGCCAAACCCCAGUGACUGGCCCGGGGCUGCCCGCAGUUGUACAUUUGAUGUCUAUAUAUAAUGGACUUUGUAACGCGUUUCCUUAGGUCUGAUCUAACUCGCUAUAAAUUAAAGCCCUUCUGUGUGGGAGGGAGGAGGAGCAGUUCCUUCUCUGCUGACAAAUCCACUGUGAAAACCUGAUGUGUUUCCCCGUGCUCCCAGCCCCAGGAGCCAGGGGAGCAGGAGGGGUUUCUGGCUUCUACUGUACAUGAUCACAGAGAAAUGCACCGGCUGUGGAUUUUGUUGUUUUUUUAAAUAAUUGAGUUUUUCCGAAGGAUUUUUUUUUUCCUUUUCUAAUAUAUAUUUGUGUGUGUGUAUGUGUGCUCUCUAUAUAUUAUAUAUUUUUAAAUCAAUGAUGAAUGUGUGGAUGUCUAUGUGGCCAGCAGAUCUGGCGUAAUAACAUUUUUCUGGCUAAAUUUGGGCAGGUGGGGAAGGGGUCACUAGAAAACACUCUAGCCUAAGAUUACUUUCUUUCUUUCUUUUUUAAAGAAAUGCAUCUAUUUUUUAACUGAAUCUUUAAAAAAUGUUAUUCCUGAAAUUCAUGCCCUGGAGGCCUGGAUUUCAGGGUGAAUUUCCAGUGUUCAGGGUCCCCCUCAAUGAAGAAUGAUGUCUCCUUAAAUUCAUUAUCCCCCCUCCUGCAGUCCAGGGUUUGAUGAAGUGCUGGGGACCCCCUGCCUGGGAACUGGGGGUGCUCCACACCAUCUAUCCCCACGAGCUGCUUCUGGGAAAGCUGCCUUGGGGCAAAUGGUUUUCAGUCACUUUUCCCUGUGCCAUCCCUCUGAUCCCCUCCCUGAGUCAACAAACCCUGAGGGAGCCAGCCCAGGUGGAGCUGCACAAGCCCUGUUCAGCUUUGGUUUGACCCUGACCCCCCAGCCCACCUCUGGAUGGAAAAUAAGGAAGUGAUUGAUGCUCUCCAUGUCUCCCUCCUCCUCAUCCUGCUCUGCAAACCACCCAAAACUCACCUGUACCUGCUUGGUUUGACAGCUUUGCUGCUGAGAUGUACAAUUGUAUUCUUUUUUCAUAGUUGGUUACUUUGGAUUAUUUUUGUUUUGAGUUGAGCUUUUGGGUUUUCUCCCUUCUCUCUUUGUUUAAACCCUUUUCCCCUUCCUUUAACUCACCCUUUUUUGGUGCUUUGGGGAAUGGUGUUAAAUUUUUUUAUUAUUUUGCAUGCUUUUUAUUUUUAUUUUUUUCCUGCAUUUCUCCUCCUGGAGAAAGUCCUGAUUUCUGUAUUUUGGGACAAGGGAGCAUCUGCCCUUUCAAACAGAGGGGAGAUGGCUCUGGGGUGGGCUUGGGCCCCUGUGGAUGAGCUGAGGCUUUGCUGAGGAGGCAAACACACCCCACCUCCCUGUGCCAUCUCCAGUGCUUCAUUCAGCACAGGUCUUACCUGUCCAAAUCCUGUCCCUUUUCCCCUCCCUGCUUCCCUGUCCCACCGUGUUCCCUCUGCUGUGGCAGUUCCCUGGGGAGAACCAGCUUGGCUUUAAGGUGGGUGAGGAUUUUGACUCGCAUGAGAAGCCCCUCUCCCCUUGUACUUUUGGGAAUGGUCUGUACCCUUCAACCCCCGUCCUUGAUUCUAAUAAAAUUCACCCUCAAACCUG